CCCUCUACCUACUGCAGCAUGCCCUCUGCCUGCCCGCCUGCCUGUCUGUGACGCUCCUUCCCAUGUGCACCCUUCGCCCUCCACGUGCUGUGCGCCCGCCAUGAAAACCCCGCCCGCUUACCCGUCUGUUGAAGGCACCGACCUGAUGGUCCUGGACACGCCGCUUCUCCGAGUGAGCCGCCCGGUGGCCGCGUGCUCGCGCUGCCGGGCCGCCAAAGUCAAGUGUGAUGGCAAGCUGCCGGCCUGUACAGCCUGUGAAAAGUCGAAUCGUGCGUCCGAGUGCUCGAGCACCAACGACCAGUUCGCCCGGGGCAAGGAGAGGAGCUAUGUGGCCACCCUCGAGGCCCGCGUUGAGCGUCUGGAAAAGAAGAUUGCCGAGUCGAGGAACAGGAGGAAGUCGUCGACCGUCUUGAUGCUGGAUUCGUCUGAGACCUCCACCCCCCGCAGGACCUCGGUCGACACCGUCAAAGCAUCCAAGCCCAUCAGCAAGCGCGCUGCCCGCCGCAAGGAAGCCUCGCAGAUUGACGAGCUGGUGUCGGAUUUCGGCCUUCUCGCCGUCAAUGCCACGGCGAGAGACUUCUACGGCUUCACAACUGAGAUGUCGUAUGCCCGACUGAUCCUGUCUGCUGCAGCCAAGGAGGCGCUCCCCACAGGACUCCACAAAGCCCUGCCCCCAAAGCACGCUGCAACGCCAUUGAUUCAGCACUUUCUAAACAAUGUCUUCACUCUCAUGCCCGUGUUUGAGGAAGCCAUUCUGUACGGAUCGAUAGACGCCAUCUACCAGCAGGGCGACGUUGCAACGCCCUGGGACAGGUGGAUCGUUCGCAUGGUCCUGGCCAUCGCCUGCAUAUCGCAGUCUGAGCAGCGGGGUGACACUCACUACUCCGACGCCGUCGGCCACGUCAAUGCUGCACUGGAGAACGCCGAGCAUGUCCUGCACCCGGGCUACGUGACGAGCAUCCAGGCCCUGGUGCUCUUCACCAUCUACGCCGCCAUGGACCCGCACCACUUCGACAGCUGGACCCUCAUUGGCGCCGCCUCGAGAGCCAUGGUUGACCUGGGCAUCCACCAGGAUCCGUCCAGGAAUGUCACCGUCGCGAAAGGUAAAUUGGAAGUCCGAAGGCGCGUGUAUUGGUGUGUCUACGCCAUUGACCGAUCCACAUCUCUCGUGCAGACCAGAUCGUUCUCGUUCUCCGACGAGUCAACUAACGUGGCUUUCCCCUGCCACAAUACUGCGUCGUCGCCGAGACACAGCUCGCCGCGGACGCCCGUCUUCCAGCAGAACUUCGACUCUGCCCUGGACCUGUUCCGAAUCCGUGAGAUCCAGUCCGAAUGGUACAUGGACCUGUUCCAGUCUGGACGCGACCCCUGGCCCGAGGCAUAUUCCUACAUCUGGAAGCAGUACGCGCGGAUGACUGACUGGUUCAACGACAUCCCGCAAAGCACGCUACCAGCGUUCAAGAUAGGGUUCGAGAUGGAGCUGCUCUACAGCUACGUCUACAUUCUGUCGCCGAGUCCGCGCAUACCGCAUAUUGAUGAGUAUGCCCAGCGGCUGAUCUUUGAGCAUUGCAUCUCAUAUUCUGUCAUACUGCUGGCCAUCCUCAACAAGCCUGCGUCGCCCAGCAAGUCUCCAGUCACGUUUUACGACGCCAUGCGCGCGUACAUGACAGGCAGGCAGUUUGUGGACGUGCUCUCGCGCAACCUAGACGUCAUCCUCAGUCCAGUCCCGCCAUCUCCGCCUGCGACGACGACGAGUCCACCGAUGACUUCAGACGACCCGCUCGCACCCCCCGCGCAGGUCGGGCCACCGCCCUUCCCCGUACCACAGCUGCCAGAAGGGCAGAUGACGCCGCUCGACCCCACCGUGCGCGCCAUCAAUGCGCUCAACGACUACACCCAGAUCCUCUCCAACUUCGGCCUGCGCUUCGGCUUCACCCACUGGCGCGACCGCUUCCAGCGCGAGUCCGCCGCGCUCUCCGCACAGCUCUACCAGCGCAAAUCAACAUCUCCACACACCUCCCCGCCCCACCAGAUCCCCUCCACCUAUCCCCCCCAGUGGGUCCCCAUGCCGUCAGUCUCGCCCCACACGCCCGGCAUCAUGUACCCUGGUCCCACGACACCACCAUCGCUGUUCCCGCAGCAAACAAGCCCCUUCUCGGCCAACAUGUCCUACACAGGCGGCAACCCCUUCGACAACACAUCCACCAGCCCGUACCAGCAGCCUCUCGCAUACGACUCGCCCCAGCAGUCGACCCAGUCGCAGGCCCAGCCGCAGCACAUGUUCGCCACGCCCUCGCCCCAGCCGAUCCCCGACAUGCCGCAGCCCACGGGCGGCACGCGCAGGGCGGUCGUGUACGGGCCAGGCAUUCCGCGGCAGCACUCUGCGGGCGCGGAGAACGGGAAGGAGCACUGGCAGGUGCAGCAGCCGCAGAAUACGCAGGAGUGGAACGGCGCGAGGGACGGGGGAGCCGUGCAGUGGGCGCAGGGCGGACACGGGCCGUGGGGGUGAGGUGAAGGAUGAUCGCCGAGGCAGUCUGCACCCAUGGGCCGUACGACUGCUGCAUCGUACGACUGCCGAGUCGCACGUCGCGAGUCGCCGCACACCGCAUCCCGCCGACUGAAAACACCACCACGGAGAGUAUUCUCGCGGCAGAGUAUUCUCGCGGUAGAGAAUUCCUGCGCUCCAGCCUUCUGGCCCUCGGUCGCGGGCUGACUCGCACCGCACCCGCACCCCCUGUCGCCGAUUCUCCCCGCUCCGACUGCGACCACCCUUCCAGUCCUUCUCAAGUCCUCUGGCACGCCACGAC